UUUUUGCCUAUAAAAUCAGUACUUCCAUUUAUUGGUGAAAAUCCAACCUUCUCUCUGAAAAAUUAUGGCUUCCCAGAUAGUACUAAAACUCCCUGUCGUAGACUUAUCAUUGAGGGAAGAUUUAAGGCCUGGUACAGAAACUUGGUAUUCGAUUUGCAAAGAUGUAUGCGAUGCUCUAGAAGAGUAUGGCUGCUUUGUAAUCGAAUGCAAACAAGUAUCUUUACAUCUUCACAACGAAAUCUACAGUGCUGUCGAGGAUUUGUUCACUUUGCCAUUAGAAAUCAAACAGCAGAAAGCUGCUCAUCGCGAUGACUGGCCAAUCGGAAGGGCGUAUUCGUAUGACCCUAGACAUGAGCGCAUAGACACUGAAAAUUUAACCACUUUAGAAGGAGCUCAGAAUUUCACCAAUCUCAUGUGGCCUUCCGGAAAUGACCGAUUCUGUAAAAGUGCUCAUGAGAUGUCGAAGAUAAUGAUGAAUUUAGAUCAAACGAUAGUGAGAAUGGUAUUCCAAAACUAUGGGGCAGAGAAAUACUAUGAUUCUCAUAUUCAGUCAACAGAAUAUAUUACUGGCUCCGCCAAGUAUAAAGAAUCUGAGACGAAUGAGAAUUAUUUGGGUCUUUUAGGCCACACUGAUAAGUCAUUUUCAACCAUGCUUCAUCAGAACGGUGUUAAUGGAUUGGAGAUUCGAACAAAAGAUGGGCAGUGGAUUCUUUAUGAUCCUCCCUCGCAUUCGUCGUUCAUAUACCUUGCUUCUGAAGCAUUCAAGGCAUGGAGCAAUGGCAGAAUACGUUCAUGUUACCAUCGAGUCAUUAUGGGUGGAAACAAAAAGAGACUUUCAUUAAUAUUUACAACGCUUCACGAAGGGCCAGUGUUAAGUGUUCCUGAGGAACUAGUUGAUGGGGAACACCCUUUACGAUACAAGCCAUUUAAUCACCGUGAAUUUCGAAAAUUAAAUAUAGAAUAUGGGAUGAAGAGAAUUGAUUAUUCCAUUGAAGCUCACUGUGGUGUCUAAUCAAUCACUUUUCGUCCUCAAUAUUCAUCUUAUCUUCCUAUCUACUAUAUCCGUUUCAUAAGUGCUGUCGUAGCAGGCAUAUUUUCCUUCCUUUUUACUUGCUAAGUGUCCCAGGGAUACUAUCAUAUACUAUCAAAUUUGUACCUUAUUGAUACUAUUUUUAAUAUUAAGCUUACUUGUAUAUUUUAAUAAUCCCCUCCUUGAGGAAGAAUAAAGCUUUGCAUCCCAUUCAUAAA